AUGCAAAGCAAUAGCUCAUCAAACAACAACAGUAGCGCACAUUACAAUAUGUCGACAAACUAGUCUCUUAAGUACUAAAAUCUUCAAUAAUAAAUUCUAUCACAAAAGCAAGGUACUUACAAAACUCCAACCAAGAAAAACUCAAGUAAGAUCUAGUCUUCAUUGGCAAGCAGGGAAAAUACCAUAAAUGGCAAAUAAAGUGCUGUGCAAUCAAAAUACUAAUAAAGCGCUAGUAAUAAUCAUCCUGCUAUAUUGAGAGAGAGCCAGAACAGACCACCUACAGCUCAUACUAUGAAUCAAAGUCACUAAAGUUCAACUCAAAAGGGAAAUCUCGAUUUAAUGCAAAACCUUCACACUCAAGAAAUUGGAUGUGCUGGCAAUAACACUGGAGUAUAAAAUGACAAACCAGAAAGCCCUUGUCAACUUUAAGUUACUCCUUAGGAAAAUUAUCAAACAAAUAAGAGUUCCCAAUAGCAAAAUCAAUAAAUUCCAUCCUCCACUAGAUCAGCAAGUUAGGGAGCAAACAAUAGAAUGAACACAAAGUCUCACACAAGAUCUAACGGAAAAAGCAAAUCAAGAGCCUAAGUAAAUAAAAGUCAGUAUGAUCAAACUAUUUCACCAGCAAAGAGAUCUGUUUUGUCACCAGUAAAAGUCACCAUUGAGCAAUAUGAGGAAAGGCUAAAUCAUGAUCACCUAAAGUCUGCAAUUACUGCUUUAAAUGAGAAACUUAAAUACUAUGAAAAUGUUGAUUAGGAAAGAGCAAUUCUCAAGGAUCAACUUGACCAAUCAGAUCAAGCCAGAGAUGAAUUAAGAAAUAACAUUAAGGAGACUGCUGAGAGAAUAAGAGAGGAGAAAGAUAAGAAUAUCAAGUAUCAAGAAAUCCUUAUUAAUGAGAAUUAGAGUUUAAGCAAGUAAAUCCUUAUAAUCACUGAGAUGUUCUCUAAAAAGGUGGAGGAAUUCGAUGAUCUCAAGCAGACUUUAUCUAUGAGAGAAAAUCAAGUCAAUGCACUCACUCUUGACAAAGCUAAUCUCUAAGAUUAUAAAGAUAAAUAUGAACGUGAGUAUGUCUAGCGAGAAGAUUUAGCUAAGAAAUUCGUUAUAAUGAAUGAGUUGUUGGAGUCUCAAGGCAGAGAGUACUCACAAAGAAUUGAGGAGAUAAUAUCUGAAAAACAGCAAGUAGUUACUGAAAACCGCCAACUUAGAACCUAACUCAAUGAGGCUUACAAUGAAAUUGCUGAAUUCAAGGAAAGGUUAGACACCUUGAACUCAGAACUUGACAGAAGAGAUGGCUAGUUAGAGCAAGAGAAGACUAAAGUCAUCUGCCUUGAGAACAUCAAAGAGAUUAAUCAAAGAGUUAACAAUGAGCUAUUGCAAAUGAAAGGAGAAAGAGAUCAGUUGAAUCAAACCCUAAUGAGAGUCCUCUAAGACAACGAUAAUAUCUGCAAGUAGAUGCAAGAUGAAUACAACAGAAUUGCCUAAGAGAGAAAUAACUUAAAUCAAGAAUUGAAUGAGUUAUUCCAGGAGAAAUCUGAGAAAGAUAUUGUCAUCAAGAAUCUUACCAAUGAAAACUUAGAACUAAAUAGCAGAAUGAAUGCUCUUGAGUAACUUCUUUGCGCCAAAGAAGAUCAAGAUGCUAAGAUUGAUCAACUGACUAAUGCUUAUCACAGACUUAAUUAAAAUAAGGAUAAGUACAAGAGUGAUUUAGAAGUGUGUACUAACUACUUACUUGAAGUAGAGGAAAAAUGUUAAGAAGCUCAGAAGACCUCACUUGAAUUACUUUAGUAGCUUAAGGAGAGAGAACAAGAAAUUGAGCAUCUAUAAGAGGUGAUUCACUAACUUCAAACAAACGCUUAAUAUGUUCCCUCCAAUGUGUUUGUCUAUCACCCAGUCAAGGAUGAUCCAGUAGAUAGAAGACUUGCUGAGUACAUCAAUAACGCUCCUAUUAAGCUUAGAGAUUACAUGAAGUUUGAAAGAGAAUCAGAGGGUAUAUACAAGUAUGGAAAGAAGAGAGUCUUCAUGAAAAUUGAGAAGGACUAAAUCAUUAUUAGAGUUGGAGGUGGUUAUUUGACAAUUGAAGAGUUUAUUGAGCAAUAUUGUGACACUGAUGCUAGUAAAAAGAGACUCUUCGGUUUGAUCUACAGUGGCCAAUGUUCAGGUAGCAAAGAGUUCAAGACUUUCUACUUUACACAAAAGACUCUAAAUGGAAAGGCUAGUGGCCAUUCAGAGGCUUUGACAGAGGGAGACAUGGUUAACUAAAACCUUGUUUGUGAUGAUUAUGAUGACAAUGAGCAUGCCCCUCAAUAUGAACAACAACCUGACUAUAUUGAGUGA